CACUCUGCGCAGCGACGCAUCUCAUCUUAGUAGCAAGUCUUUUGUUUCUUCGCCCUCUUCAGUGGAAAAUAGCAAAGCUCUUGAUGCGAUUUAGACAUCACUUCAAGUUAAGGCGCCUGCGUCAAGUUAAUUGAAAUCCGGGUUUUUGUUGUUUGUCUGUGGGAUAAUCGUGCAAGAUCCGCGGCUGAUACGUUUUCGUGCGGGCUCAGGGGCUCAAAGGAUCUGCCGCUGCUGUUGCUGGAUGCUUUUAAAUGUGGACCAGAUUUGGAUGAACGCACGGCGGUCAUAACAAUAAGCUUCUAGACUCUGGUUGUCUUUACAAACACCGGGACCAUGUUGUGGGGCUCUCUAUGCUGGCUCCUGGCCCUGCUGGCCCUCUCGUCUACAGCUCUGCCCCCCUCCAAUGAGCCUAUGUCUGCUCCCAGGAUUUUUUUGUCCUUCAAAGAACUUAAGUCCACUGGCACGGCUCACCACUUCUCCUUUCUCCUGAACUCCACGGACUAUCGAAUACUUCGCAUGGACGAGGACCAUGACCGCAUGUACGUGGGCAGCAAAGACUACAUCCUGUCUCUAGACCUGCACGACAUCAACAAAGAGCCACUCAUUAUCCACUGGCCUGUAGCUCAGCAGAGGAGGAUGGAGUGUGUGUUGUCGGGAAAAGACACCAAUGGUGAAUGUGGAAACUUCAUCCGUCUGAUCGAGCCAUGGAACCGUACUCACCUGUACGUGUGCGGGACGGGCGCGUACAACCCCAUCUGCACCUAUGUGGACCGCGGGCGGAGGUCACAGGGCUCCCAGUUCCUACAGCCAUCUCAGUCUGGAGGAAGGACUAGCCGAGCAGCAGACCUCAGCACCACAGCAGAGCCCAUGGAGGCCAAGGAAUACAUCUUCAGACUUGAACCUGGCAAAGUGGAUUCUGGGAAAGGAAAAUGCCCCUAUGACCCCAAACUCAACAGUGUCUCUGCUUUGAUCAAUGGGGAGCUCUAUGCCGGAGUCUACAUCGAUUUCAUGGGAACGGACUCGGCCAUCUUCCGCACACUGGGCAGGAAGACAGCCAUGAGGACCGAUCAGUAUAAUUCCAGAUGGCUCAAUGAUCCAACCUUUGUCCACGCUCACCUCAUCCCUGACAGUGGAGAGAAAAACGACGACAAACUCUACUUCUUCUUCAGAGAGAAAGCCACAGAGAUGGGCCAGAGUCCAAUGACCCAGUCCAGGAUCGGCCGCAUCUGCCUGAAUGAUGAUGGUGGACACUGCUGCCUGGUGAACAAGUGGAGCACCUUCCUCAAAGCUCGUCUGAUCUGCUCCGUGCCCGGCUCUGACGGCAUCGAGACACACUUUGAUGAACUGAGGGACGUCUACAUCCAACCAACUCAAGACACCAGGAACCCAGUCAUCUAUGGCGUGUUCUCCGUUUCUGGGGCUGUGUUCAAAGGAUCUGCAGUCUGUGUCUACUCCAUGGCUGAUAUCCGAAUGGUUUUUAACGGACCUUUCGCGCACAAGGAGGGACCCAACUACCAGUGGGUGGCUUAUAGUGGCAAGAUCCCCUACCCUCGACCAGGCACUUGUCCUGGAGGCACUUUCACCCCCAACAUGAAAUCCACAAAGGAUUAUCCAGACGAGGUGAUCAACUUCAUGAGAAACCACCCCACCAUGCACAAUAUGGUUUACCCAGUGCACAAGCGCCCCCUGGUGGUCCGAACUAACGUCGACUAUGAGUUCACCACAAUCGCAGUGGACCAGGUCACAGCUGCAGACGGCAACUAUGAGGUGCUCUUCUUGGGAACAGACCGAGGAACAGUCCAAAAGGUGAUAGUUCUCCCCAGAGACGACCUGCUGACGGAGGAGCUGGUGCUGGAGGAGGUCGAAGUCUUCAAGGUCCCUACUCCUAUCACCACAAUGAAGAUUUCCUCCAAACGGCAACAGCUGUACGUGAGCUCGGUGCUGGGCGUGACCCACCUGGCGCUGCAUCGCUGUGAUGUGUAUGGAGAGGCCUGUGCCGACUGCUGUUUGGCCCGAGACCCCUAUUGCGCCUGGGACGGCAAGUCCUGCUCACGCUACUCUGCCUCCCAGAAGAGACGGAGUCGUCGGCAGGAUGUAAAAUAUGGUAACCCAAUCCGCCAGUGCAGAGGCUACAACUCCAAUGCCAAUAAGAACACACUGGAGUCGGUGCAGUACGGGGUGGAGGGCAGCACCACAUUUCUGGAGUGUCAGGCUCGCUCUCCUCACAUGUCUCUGAAAUGGCACUUGCAGAAAGAGAACAGUGACAGGAAGAAAGAGAUUCGCUCUGAGGGCCGUAUCCUGAAGACCGAACACGGGCUCCUGAUCCGCUCCCUGCAGGCGUCUGACAGUGGCAUCUACCAGUGCACCUCCACCGAGAAGAACUUCAAACACACCCUGGUCAAACUGCAGCUCGUGGUCUUGUCUGGCCGCACCGUCAACAACGUCCUGGUGGAGACCGGCAGCCCCGCCCUGCCCCCCCUCCAGUCCAGCGCAUGGACCCCCUCUGCUGGACAGUACAAGGACCUCCUCACCAUCCUCAGCCAGCCAGAAAUGGGACUCAUCAAUCAGUACUGUCAAGAUUACUGGCAACUGGGAGACAGUGGACUCAGUGAAAGUCCCGUCAUCAAAGCUAAAGGUUUGAAGGAGUUUAAGGAGCAAAGGAAGCCACGUAACCGCAGGCAUCAUGACGAGGAGACUACUGCAGUACCUCUCACAUGAGGAGACUGUUACUGAGUAUUUUCAAAUAUCAACACUGCUACCCCCACCCACACAAGGGACGAACUUGAGCGACAAAGUGAUGGACAAGAAAGACUGAAACCAAAAGCAAACAGCACAAACACAUAUUUAUUGUAUGCUGUAAAAAGUAAAUCUUUGUUAUCUAGAGAGAUGUUUUGUGAAUAGGUACUUGUGCAAAUAUGGUUGUUAUAUAUUAGUGUUACUGUGUAUUAUGUUGAAAAAUGUUCAUGUUUGAUGUUAAUGGGACAAAGCUAUAGUACAUCGGAACGGACUGUAUAAGAAAAGGUGGAGUUUUCUGACUGCUGGCAGUAUUCAGUCUUUUAAGCUGGAGCCAUGUCAUUUUUUGUGGUGAAUUUCCGAGACUUCCUUAAAAAAACACUUUCUACACUCAACGCUGCACUUCAAUGGACAUUUAUAGAUGCCUGGAUGUCGCAGCUUUGACAACACGGACAGACAUACCGGAAGCUCAUUGGCUGACAGUCCAGUAGCCCCGCCCGUGAGCGAUCACAUGACUAUCUUCCAAUCUCCAAUGCUGUUUUGUUUAUAUGUGAAUAAGGCAUCUUGUAUCCCUGUGACUGUCGUGAUAAGCUGUUUUGGAAAAGGGUCUUAUGAUAACACAAUAGGAAUUUCAUUACCUUUGUCUUUUUAGGGAUUAGCAACUCCGACAGGCAGCUAAAUGUGAUAUUUUCAAAAAUUUAAAGACGCACCUUCUGUUCUUAAAAUCUGGAUUAAUACUCAACAGUUUUAGAAGAUUUUUGGGUAACAUUUCAUAAUUGCUAUACUUUAAAUAGUCUUUAUAAAGCAUGAAUGAUAGACUUAAAUGAACAAAUAGUUAAUUAAGAAAGGCCUAGUUUUAAUUAAUGCCCAGACUCCUUGAUCAAGUAUCACUAUUAAGAAUCUAUCUGUUCAAUUUGCAUGCCUUUCUCCAUGCUUUAUUAAGACUAAUUAAGGUGCAGUUAUUAUAAAGUGGUAUCGAUUUUUUUUAAGAUCAUUCAUUCAAAGUUUGCAUUCCUAUCCAUAAAAUAAAAGGCCAUUUUAAGAGUGCUAGACGUCACAUAUGUUUUUAGCACUAAAGCUCAAAAAGCUCACUAAAUUAUUGUUACAAGCACAACCACUAAAAAGCUAAGGAGAAAUGUAGCCAGUUGUUACUUUACUUUGUGCAUGGCAUGUACAGUGUAUGUGAAUGGUACUUGUCUAAUGUUGCUGUGGCUGUUCGUGAAUGUCUUAUUUCAUUGUGGUACAACAAUCACCUUUUAUGGUCAAAAAUGUGGAGAGGGUGGAUUUCAUGUCAAUGCUUUUCUUUCUCUGUACGUCUCUUUCACAAGCAUUAUUUUUGGUUUCCAUUUGAGGUGAAACGACGUAUCUGAACAUGCACAGUGGAUGUUAUUGUACUUGUAAAUUGAUUAUCUUUUCUUCCUUCAUAAAUGUUGAC